AUGAGUACUCUAGCCUCCAAGCUCAAGGAGCUAGAGGAGUUGACGUCAAAUGCAAAGCAAAUACAAGAUGACAUAUUGGAGGAGAUACUCAAAGCUAACGCCAACACAGAAUAUCUCCGACGUUUCCUCCAUGGGAGCUCUGAUAAAAAGCUCUUCCAAAAGAACAUACCGGUGUCGAGUUACGAGGAUGUUAAGCCUUAUAUCGAACGGGUCGCAAACGGAGAACCCUCAUAUAUCAUUUCGGGCGAACCUAUUACUAAUUUCUUGCUAAGGUACAUGGAUGGUGUCCAGGAAGGAAAAAGGAUGAAUUUUCUAAACUCUAUGAUGUUAUCUACAACUCCCUCUGGUUUGCAGGCUUGCACCUGCGAGUGCAAGUUCAUAGCGAGCGAUUAUUUCAAGAACUGGCCAUCAAAAUGUUAUACCAGCCCUGACGAAGUCAUAUUAUGUGUCGACAGCAAACAGAGCAUGUACUGUCAUCUUCUAUGUGGUCUUGUCCAGAGAGAGGAGGUUGUGAGUAUGACUUCUUCCUUUGCUUAUACGUUAGUCCAAGCGAUAUCUUUUCUUGAAACUCACUGGAAAGAAUUGUGUGCUAAUAUCCGAUAUGGGCAUGUUAGCGAGUGGAUCACCGACCUUAGUUGCAGAGAAUCUGUCUCUGCCAUACUUGGAGGACCCAAUCUUGAAUUGGCAGAUAUAAUUGAACGUGAAUGCAGCCAGAAGUCAUGGGAAGGAAUCAAUGAUGAAAUUGUUGAUCUUGUGGACGUCAAGAUAGGCUACUCUUAUGAGCCAUUGGUCACAAAUCAUUUCGGCUUAUACAGAUACAAAAUGGGAGAUAUUCUACAAGUGACUGGAUUUUACAAUAGUGCUCCUCAGUUCAAAUUUGUACGUAGAAAAAAUGCUGUUAUAAGCGUCCAAGUGGAGACAACAACUGAAGAAGAUCUUUUAAAGGCGUUGAAUCAUGCGGCUCGCGUCCUUGAAUCUUCAGGUUUAAUGUUGAUGGGGUUCACAUGCUAUUCUGAUAUCUCCACUAACCCUGGUCACUAUGUUCUUUAUUGGGAGCUUAAAGCCAAAAAAACAAAUGGCAUUGUUAAGCUUGAUAACAAGUUACUGGUUGAAUGUUGCUGUGUAGUUGAAGAAUCAUUUGAAUUCUUUAUAAAGUACUUAGGAGCAAAUCUGGUCAAAUCGGACCUCUAG